GACCUUGGAGCCGCGGCUCGAGGAGGUUGGGAGGCGGUGACGAGGCGACACGUUGCUACUGCUAGUGUCGGUGGUGCAGUCCGGCCGGCCCACCGUGCCGUACGUGUGUAUCGCUCUCUGCUGCGUUUUCGUAUCGUGAUCUCGAUAAAUGUGUUCGGUAUAAUGAUGUUUACUCGCGACCUGAAGCAACACGCGCUAGCCGCGGCCGCCGCCACCUCCACACCUUUAUCCUUCCUUCAACGUACUUAUAAAUACGUUUUACUGCCGCUUAAUGCAUCAUACAAGCGAUCAAUUACUAAACUGUAAUAUCGCCUCAGUGCUCGUGUGUUGAUGCUCGGUGCACUUACACUUCUGAUAUCUUAGAGUUAAGCGUAUUUUAUUUUGAGUUAAUAAUACCAAAAGGAGUUUUUGAAGAAUUUUAAGACCGACGAUGCCAUAAAUGCAACCCUGCUCGGGAUAUUGAUAAUAAGAUGAUCGAACGUAUUAAACUAAUGGACUCCACCUGUACGCGUGCUUCAUUCCUUUUUUAAAUAUGGUACAACUAAAAAAAUAUUAUAAUAACGUUUUUAAUAGUAAAGUUAUAAUAUCUUCAGAUAAUGCAUAUUAUACCGAGCGAUAAAUACGAUCUGAAUGUGAACAAUAAGCAAGAGCAGAGCGCGUGGGGUGCGUGGGGUGCGUGCGGCGCUGAUGUAUCAAUAGACGCCGCAACUAGUCGGACACAAACUAGCACACGCACGGAACAAUCACCUGUUUCCAAUAUUAAUUCAUUACUAAACUGCAUUAUAUGAUCACACAUAGACAAUCUUGCUAUUUUUAUAUCUUCCUUCAAAUUAUAUAGGAAUUUGGGAAAAAAACAAUGCUUGCAACAUUUACCUAUAAAUAAAUCAGAAUAUGAAUAUGGCUCAAUUGAAGUGGAGUACAAUCAUUAAACUACACUGAUAUAAAGAUUCAUAAAUACUCGUAGUAACGGCGGUGUUAAUAAAUUUAAUCAGAAUGAGUUGUCUUUUGGUCUUCUGUAGUUUCCAUUUUUUGUUUCAUAUUGCACCGAGGAGUUGAUCGUUUUCUUCGUCUCCGUGGUUCGUCGGUUGGGACCUAAGUCUGUUGAAGCGAGAGUGUGGUCGGUAGCUAGAGAGCGAGUCUGUCGAUGGCGGCGAUAACUUUGCCAAUUACGCAGAUAGGGAGUCUCCCUUCGACGCAUCGGUAUUCAUUAAAAGCGCAAUUAGCGGAGUGCAUGGCGUGCGCGCCGCCGCGCCCUCGCCGCUGACGACGCUCUCAAACUGUAGCAUUACGAAAAUGUCAUUCGUCAAAAUUUCCCCGAAGACUCCAGGCUCCAUGUACCCCGCACCCCGCGCCCCAUGCCCCCCGCUCUCCGCUUUCCCCUCGUCCCUGCCGUCCGGGUGGUUGAGGUCCCGAGGGCUGGUCUCCGGCAGUCCCGCUCACGCAGGGCCCCGCGCCGCACGCGUCGCCUUCGCCGCCCCAUACAGAACUUUACGUGCUACUUUGUGAUACGAUCUCAGUGAUGUUCUUUGGAAUUUAAAUAAGUGAAGUCACACAGAGUGUAGUGAUCGGUGUGGUUGUGAACAGGCACAAAGAAACAUAUUCUACGUAGCCUAGGCGGAGUGUGAGCUGACCAUGUGACGAGACCAGCGGCGGGAGCUGCGUCACCGACAUGUGCUUCGCCUGACGGUCCACGCGAGAAGACAAGAUGGCGGACGACAACACCAUCAUCGAGGGGACCGUCAAGUUCCGUGACGGGAAGAAGUGGAAGUCGCGCUGGUGCGUCAUGCGGAAACUGUCGCCCGUCGCUGACUGCGUCCACGUGCAGCUGUACCGCGACUCCCGGGCGCGCUGGGGCGGCGCGGGCUGCAAGGCGUCCCUGUCGCUGCAGCACUACCUCGGCUGCGAGAGCGGCUUCACUCUGGACAAGCACUCCAACACCCUGGCGCUCGUCUGCCGGGACCUCGUCGCGCUACUCGCCUUCGAGACCAGAGAGCGUCUCAUACAGUGGCAGGUGAAAGUGAGUGCGCAUUUGGGUGAGCCUCGUCACUACCUGCUGCUGGUGGGCUCUGCGGUUAGUGGCAGCAACAAGAGACUACCGGCGGGCCCUGCGAGGCUCCACCUUCACGAACGAAGGUUUGCCCUCACCGCUGGUGUACCUCCUCGGCUGUUGGGAGUGUGGGAGCUGGCACAUCUGAGACGCUACGGUGUGGUGGAAGGUCGGUUCUGCUUUGAAGGUGGUUCGCACUGCGGCAAGGGUGAAGGUCUGCAUGUCCUCAUCACCGACCAGGCCGUGGAGAUAUCACACGACUUCGACCUCGCUUCGCAAGGACGAUUGUCUCCAAGGAGGAGACCUAUUGGAUCUAAGCGAAAUGAAGCAGGUACGGAAAGCCCGAAAUCACACAAAGCGUAUCGUCCCGACACAAGACUCUCUGAACUGAACACCAUCGACCACUCCCUGCCUCCCAUGGACCUUCGGCUUUACGAAGAUCCAUUCGUAGGAGAGGAAGCUGGUGCGAUAUCUCCUUACUGGCCUUCUACCGAGAGGACACACUACCAGGACAUGGGUCACGGAGAUACGGUUUCAGUCAACGAAACUACAGAAGGGACAGACACAGCACCGUGGAGCGGGCAAGGAAAUGUAACUCUAGAGAGGUGCAUGAGCUGUAUGUCCAAGCUGGGAGCCCUAUCUCGAUCUUCGACGGCCGCUUUGACUCCAGGUGCUAAGCACUUUAAUCCAGCAUGGACUAUGGAAGCGUUACAAGAAACUCCGCCAAGAGAUGCAACUAAUUAUGACCCUUUACACUCACGCAAUAAGACCGAAAAUGUAUGUCACUGCCCCGACAGACCGCCAGAGAGACCACCAAAGAGCAAUAAAUUAGAUUUGAAAUUAAAUAAGAAGCCGCCAAUGCCAGUUCCUGUACAGACGUGUAACUGUGCGCAUGUACUUCCUGUAGAAAAUUCAAGUAAAAUUGGUCCCUAUGAAAACUAUGACGUUCCGAAGCUUCCUUCAGCAGACGUGGAGGAAGACUACUACGACACACCAAAAAGGCUCAAAGAAAGUCUCAACAAUGAACUUUUUAAAAUCACAAAGAACUCGACUUCAAACGCCGUUAUAUUAAAAAAACCCUGCGGCUGUUUGCUCAAAUUCGGCAAAAGACGGAGGGAGCCCACUGUCAUAGACACCGAGGAAACCAUUCAGCCGGGUAGCCAGUGUCCUUGCCAGCGAGUCACCGACUGGGCCAACAAUUGGAUUAAAUUCCCCUACUGUAAAAAGACUACUGUUUCUAGUGAUAACUUAGCGCUUAACAAGGAAAACUGUGUGCCAACGUACAGUGAUAGAAGUGCUCUCUAUGCUACCAUUGAUUUAUCGCGGAAAACUAGACGGAAACUUAGCCCAGACAACUGUCGAGAACUACCCGCUGAAGACCGAUUUAAACAAUGUUUGAGUCCUGAAGCCGUAGAAGUCGACAACGGGCCUUUAGCUAAUUACGAAAACCUUAACUUUGCAUUGUCGCUUGAGUACUACGAAAAUGCUAAAGAUCUUCUUAAAAAAGCUGGCAUCACGCAGACCGAGCUAAAUGCUAUCUCGGCGAAUUUACGUCCACUGUCGUUGUCGAAUACAGACAGAAACAGUAUUUGUGCGAAGUGUGGCCAUCCACAAGUAAAACAACAAAAAGAUUCAAACAUUGAAACGUUAGACAGUGGUUUAAGUGACGAUUAUUUGAUCAUGGAGCCGAAAUCUCUAGAGUGUUCGUUAGAUCGGAACAGAUCGUUACCACCCGGCUAUACACCGAUGUCACCUAUAAGCAGUUUUGCUUUCCAGUCUCUGAAACAUCCAGCAAAGAGUCCAAUCAACAGACUGCUGGAGGAAAAAUCUGCAAGUAAUCCCACUCUGUGCGGUCCUGAAGAAACUCGAGGAUGUAAUUCUGGUUCUGAUAAAAACUCUGGAAUUCUUCGUGGUAACGGUGAACAUAAUGAAAGAAUAGAAUAUAGGAAAAGAUCAAGCUCAGCAGAUUCUUCUAGAUUUUUAGAAGACGUCAAAGAAUUCGAUGGAAGUGUCGAAAGUCACGGAUCCACGUCGUCCAUUGAGACCCUACGAAACAUAGUCCUGGAUAACGACAGGACGUCCGUGCCUUGUGAUUGUCUGGUGGCGGAUAACAAACAUUCAGACGCAGAUAGUUCAGAGGCAUCAAAAGAUCCAGGUCGAGGUAUACUGCCCGCUAAACGAUCGUCUUCUGUUUCUGGUAAAGUGGGAGGGAACAGAGAUUCAUCGAGUUCGAACGACUCCGGUGUGUCGAGUUGUUCGCUCAGGCGGGGCGCGGAGCUGGGGGAGUUCGAGCUGCCCCUGACCAGGGUGGCGACGCGGCGGAAGUACGGCCAGUACCGCAGCGAGACGCACGCCACCGGCGCCGCGCGCGCCACCGCGCCGCGCCGCUCGCGCUCCACCGACCCGCCCACAGACUUACCCACUUUACACAAGAUUCGUGUCCCGGCGAAGUCCUCUUCUGCAGAAGCGGAGGUCCCUGUACUCUCCGUGAAAUCACUUCGAGGUGUAAUGGACACGCACAGCACAUCCAGCGGCACGUCCGACAUGUCCGACUACAUAGAGACACUCUCUAUUUGUUCCUCUCACUCCUCCACUGAUACUCCUAUCACCAUGAGAGUGUUCCGGCAGACGACGAGCACGCUGCGGCCGCGCUCCGGGAAGGAGUACCAGAACCUGGACCCGCGCCUCACCUCCGUCUACCGCGCGCACACCCACUACACCAACCUGCCCUGAACACAACACUGCUGCACAAAACUUUACAUUCAUUCUAUACGUGCUACCUAUUUAUUUUAGGAAAUAAUUUGAGCACUGUUAGAUAACGUUUAGGUACGAAAAUAUUAAAAAUCUCGUUUCAAGAUUAUGCUGAUGUUAGCACGAGAGCUGAAUAUAUUAAGUACAUGAUUUAAUUUAAAUCUCUGUACUUUUUUAAGGAUUUCAUAAUUGAAGUGAAACUUAUUUAUCGACGUAGGGAGGAAAAAACGUAUGUAACGUUUUUCGGUUACGCGCCAUGUUUAUUUUAUUUCUAUUUAGUUUGUUAUCAACAGAUGUCGCUGCACGUAAAUUCAACAACUCCUGAAUCGCGGUGACGAGAUGUUACACAGUUGAUAAACGUUCUCGUCUUUCUCUUGCUAUCGAUCAUACUUACCUGGCGUCGGCAUACCGUGAUCAUGUAGGCGGUUCCCCCAGGGCGCGGCUGUUCCAUUGUACUGCGGAGUGGUUGACCCUUGCGAUUAUUUUUAUAUUUUAUAAGUUUGACUUCUACCGUGUGUGACUUGCACACUCGUGGAUGUCAUUUGAGUAUUUCCCACUUAAAUCUUAUGUAUUGUUUUCAAAGUGCAUAUAAUAAGAAACCACUAAUAGAGUACAGUUUGCGCUCUGUACUUCAUUGCACGAGGACUCCGCGCAUCGGGCUGGCAAUGUCCCCGGGCUCCUCCCGGACAAUGAUCAGGGAUUAAAUACUUGAACGCACGCAGUAUCCUCCGCGGCCACUGUGCCGCGUGUUUGUUUAUUUUAUAUCGUUUAUCAGAAUAAGGAACUUACCGAAUUAUCCACGUACUUCGUUGUUUUUAUUAUUCACUAACAUUUUAUAAGUCAAACUAAAUACUGUAACAGCAUAAUAAUAUACAUAAUAAUAGAAUACCAAAAAUAGGUGUUCACCACCUCAGGGGUUUAAUUCUAGAAAGUCGCUUACCAGUGAAUAUGUACUUAAAUAUGUACGUGACUAAGAGAAGCUGGUGUACAAAAUUAAUGUUUCAAGUUCAAUGGAUUGUAUUUAGUAUAAUUCAGCUGCGAUUGAUUACUGCCCCGUGCUGUCUAGCUACAGUUAGUCAGUUUGGUCACAGUACUCGCGGGGGCGGCACGGAGGCGACGCGGAGGGGGCGCGGAGGAACAACCGAUUUGAACCGAUAGUGCUCAAAUUAUACCCUAAAAACUACCUACAUACUAUACUUUAUUCAUAAAGUGUACAUUAGAUAUUACUUAUCCGAGUUGUGAAAAAAACAUUCUGAUUGUGUACAAAUAAAAAAACAUUUGUAAGAUAACUAAAGAGAACAGUGCAACUAUUGUGCAUCAGUACAGUGCACGUUAAAGUAAUUUUCACCAUUAAAAUUUGUUUUCGAUAGGUCAAAUUAACAUUAUUGUAUAGUCGAAUGUGAAUUAUAUGUAUCUCACUAAGAUGUUAUUGAAACGAUGUAAACUAAAAGCAAUAACUAUUUGAAGCAAUAAUUUAAGUUUAAUUGGAUUAUAUGUAAAUAGUAAGUACUAUGUGUCGUGUAUUUGCAGUAAGGUCCGUCCACCGCGCGGCCCCCGGUUUCCUUCAAUAUCCUCAAACAAACAACAUCACAGACAACACCACCAGGAACAUUUCAUUUUACAGUCGUUACCUGCGGACGUUUCACCCGGUUUUAUUUAUUUAUUUUAUUGCCCUUGUAGGCAGACCAGCAUACGGCCCACCUGAUAGUGAGUGGUUACCGUCGCCCGUGGACUUUAGCAAUGCCGGGGGCAGAGCCAAGCCGUUGCAAAGUAGUAGGUAGUAGGUGGUUACUGUUGCCGAUAGCUCAGCCAAGCAGGCGCUCCCUUGAUAGCGCUAUGAGUUUUGGUUGAUAUCCCAGUACAAGGAGAGAAGAGCCAAAUUAGUGAUUUUUUGAAUUAGUUGCGGUAAAAUUAAUCAAUUACAUUAUUAUACUGCUACAUCUAGUGUGAAUCAAAUCGUUGUUAGAAACAAUGGAUGCAAGCAGCAAGCUGAUCAAACAAGCAAAGAAGUUAAUUAAGUACAACGUGCGUGAAUGGGAGCACCACGUGAGAGGAGGUGCCUCGACUCGAGUGAAGUCGAGUGCCAAAUGAGUAAAAUGCUCAUUCUGACAGUCGACUCUACUCAAACCAGAACUUGAUUAUAAAGUGACUUAAAACAAGGAGAGACCGUCUCCUAGAUGGGAAAUUUCCAAACACGUUCGCACGUCUCCCGCGUCCGUCGGAUACACCACGCUUCGCUGAAGAGAAUAUUAGAAACCUUAAUACAUCCUUAAAGUACAACAACAACACAAGAUACGUGACGAACGGUUUCUACUCGUUCUUAUUCAUUUCUUUAUAAUCUCUGAAAGUGGGUAAACAGAAAAUGUAGCUAAUUUAUUAACCACUUUCAUAUACCUACCAAUAUAUACCAAACACAUUAGACUGGGGCUAUACAAACAAUUAUCAUCUGAAUUUCUGCGGAUAACAUCUCAAAAAGCUUAGCCUAAUGUUAGACUGUUAUCAUUUACUUACAAAGCCUCCUGAAGUACUCGUAGGCACAAGUAUGUAUUCUGUAUAUAGUUGACACAGUAUAUAUUUUUAUCUUAAUGAAAGACUUUUCGAGAGAUUAAUUCGUCAAAAGUCUCUUAAUAUCUUAUUUUUGUAGAUUUUAAUAUUCUAAUAAUAUAUUGUAAUUUUUCUAAGCAAUUUAAACUAAAUAGGAAAGAUCUUAAUUCGUCGUUUUUGUGUCAUAUUGUAUUGUAUUGUAUUGUAUAAUGUAACUAAACGAAUUACAGAACAGGUGAAGAUACGUUUCCUAAGUCGAGCGAAGUCUUAAGUGAUUUUUCAGCCAAAUAACAUUUCUAGUCAUUUAUUGUCUGUACAAAAUGUAAACGUUCUUUGUAUGUAAUAUUUAUGACGUUUUGUUCUGACGUUCUUGUUAGAACAACUAAACUAGUUUAUGUCGACUAAAGUUAAAGCCUUAUUCUAGUUAGUUGCCACUAAAAUAUGGAUUUGAAUUCGAUGCAACAUCUUUGUCCUGCAAAAAAUAAAAGGGGCUUUCUUGAAUGUGAUUACGGAUAUUCGAUGUUUACAAAAUCCCAAUGACUUUGUAAGCAUCGGUUAAAACAGAGUACAUACUCUAUUGUUAUAACAAUAAUGUACAGAGAUUUCUUUACAACGAUUUUUUGUCUGAUUGCCACAGAGAUGGAAUGUUUUGAUAUUCAGAGUUUAUCUGAACUAUUCCUAAAGUCUGAUAAUAUUACUUUUUAUUUUUUGUAGUUGUAUGCAAUUGAUAGUUCCAUAGUCAUUUAAGUGAUCGCCGUGAGACAAGAUCAACUACUUUUCACAUUAAAGUUUAUUAAAUAUAACUUAAUGUAAGCCAAAUAGAGCUUAAACUCCUUUGUAAUAAAUUAGUAUAAUCUUGUUCUGGUCUCACGGCCUGGACGGUCAGAUGUUGAUACGUGCAUCUCGCAGCGGCGCCGGCGCGACCAGUGGGGUCGAUCUAUUGUAAUUGUUAUACAAUAAUUAUUAAUCCUGUAUCCAAUAAACGAAUGUACAUUAAUUAGCGAGCGGUGUGUGUGUGUGUGUGUGCGCGCUCCCGUUACUGUGUGCGUGUGUUGCGUCACGACCCCGCCCGCACUGCUAGUGCCGGAGUAUACUGUCGCCACACGCAUCACGCCAUCACGGCAUCGCGGCAUCACGAGAUAUGUAACAUUUGGUAUUUAAUAUUGAAACGAUGAAGUGACUGUGAGUUGUAGGCACUAGGAGUCAGAGCGGAGCGCGCUCGAAGACUGGAACUGUAUGCAGGUUACUUUAGGCAUAACGCUAGAAUGAAUUUAUAUAAAGACGGAAUGUUAAUAAAAACUGAAAUUUCCGAAUAAAACCAUGAUUAAGUG